AGGGGCAGCGACUCCUCCCUUAUCCUCCCCCAGGUCAGCCAUCACCCCCCCAUCUCCGCUUGCCACGCCGAGUCUGACAACUUCGUCUUCUGGCAAGACAUGAGAUGGAAGAACAAAUUCUGGGGCAAAUCCCUGGAGAUCGUCCCGGUGGGCACCGUCAACGUCCGCCUGCCCAGGUCUGGGGACCACUUCGAGUGGAACAAGGUGACCACCUGCAUCCACAACGUGCUCAGCGGCCCGCGCUGGAUCGAGCACUACGGCGAGGUGCUGAUCCGCAACACGCGUGACGCCUCCUAUCACUGCAAGAUCACCUUCUGCAAGGCACGGUAUUGGGGCGCGGGUGCCAACGAAGUGCAGGGCGCGGUGCUGAGCCGCAGCGGGGCCGUGGUGGAGCGUCUGGCCGGCAAAUGGCACGAAGGGCUGUUCCGUGGGCCAGCCCCAGGGCAGUGCGUCUGGAGAGCCAACCCUAUGCCCACCGAACACGAGCGAAACUACGGCUUCACCCAGUUUGCGCUGGAGCUGAACGAGCUCACGCCUGAGCUGCGCAGGGUGCUGCCCUCCACCGACACGCGCCUGCGGCCCGACCAGCGGUACCUGGAGGAGGGCAACGUGGCGGCAGCUGAGGCGCAGAAGCGGCAGAUCGAGCAGCUGCAGCGGGACAGGCGCCGCGUGAUGGAGGAGAACAACAUCACACACCAGGCACGCUUCUUCAGGCGGCUGACAGAUGCCAGUGGCAAGGAGUCGUGGGUGACCAAUAAUACCUACUGGAAGCUGCGUCUGGACCCUGGCUUCGCCCACCUGGACAGCGCCGUGCUCUGGUAGCAGCCCCUCAUGGGCUGAGCCCUCCUGCCCCCCCCACAAGUACUGGAGUGCAGGACCCCCCCCACGGCUGUCUGUGGGCAGGCAGCGCCCGGCCCCGGCAGUUCCCAGCACAAAACUGUGAUUUCAAAAGAAGCAGGGAUUGCCCCCAUCUCCUGGGUGGGGUGGGGGUCCCGAGGUGCCCGCAGGCGGGCAGCCCCACCCCAGCUGCACAGGCAGCCCUGCUCUAAUAAAGGCUGCAGAGACGUUG